UGGGAUUCUAUUCGACGGAGAGGCUACAGUACCCGUCAGGCCCGUCAAAAUGACAGCUGGUUUGUCUGGGCUCGUGUGCAAGGAUCGGUUCGUGGGUGAACAAUACUAGCAAAGUCGUCUCGGGCUCGCAGUGGCCAAGGGCGAAGACGAUCCACCAUGGAGAGCCGGGGACGGCUUCCAAGCCAUUUAAGAUGAUCAACUUCAGGCGCUGCAAGCUGAGGACAUGGCCAUGACUAGGAACCCAACAAAUCAUCCGGGGUUCAAUACUCUGAUGUGCCACGCCCAACAUCCGCUUCUAGCUGCGCCUUGCCAUAACAGAGACCAUGGAGGUUUCCUCCUCCUCCCACAAUGAGCACAACCAAGACACGAAGGCCAAAGCCAAGGUCCGAAAAAGUGGUCGCAGCGCCAUCAGUAAGACGCUCAAGCUUGGACGCGAGGCCAGAGUGUUCACGGCUACUAUACACUACAACCCGACCUAUCGACAGCUCGACGGAGCAAUCCACGUUCCGGAAGGCCAGAGCAUUCCAGACGUGAACCAAUUUUUACUGGAUUUAUACCACGGCCGACACCACAUCGACCGUCAACGUCGCAGCCGGGCUAUCCGGUCCGCCGCCCGGCCCCAGAAGAGGGAGACCACGCCGAUUGUGGACGGAGUCGCCGUCAAGGCAAGCGAAAGCGAGAGCCAGGAGCGGCUGUCGGGUACCGCUGCCGUAGGUCUUGCAGAGUGCGCGACGGUUGUUGAGAAAGACAACGCCGUGGAUCCACCACUGGCCUCGAAGGGACACCAAGGCGAAAUGCGCCGUCUUGACCAUCUUGGAGCUGAAUCGGCCACCGCAGGCACCGCAGGCACCACAGGCCUGCAAGGAGGCUUGGGGGAGACUGUAUUCGACUUAGCCAACGGCGUCGACACCCUCGACAACCAAGAUGCUGAUUUUGACGUCGACGGUGAACCAGUGGGCCAUGAGACGGACAGGUUUGAUUUGAUCAGGAAUCAACUUCCGGAUGAAGGGUUGUGCACGGUGGGUGACGAAGUCGACUUAGGCUGGGUCGAGCUCCUGCCUGAAGUGACUGAAAACGGGCCGUCGAUAUCUGAUUGGCCGGAGACGGAUCUGGCUCAAACCUUAAACAGCGGGGGGCCAAGCGAAGAGACGCAAGGUGUGACAAAAGGCAUCAGACAACGUCGAUUUUUCGAACUAGUGUCGAGUCAUGUCUGGCGCGCGAAGCAGGGCCACUCAGGGGCCGAGACCGCGACAGGAGCCAAUUCGCCCAAUCAAGACGGUGCGUUCGGGCAGUUGAGGAAUGGCUGCGCGCAAGAAUCGCAACAGACUGGACUGCACGGCAGCACGGGGCAGGUGGCUGGCCCAAACGCCAUGAAGCCACGAACGGCAGCCGGAUCCAGCGGUGGCUUUCCGAUGCGGCAGCAUGUCCGGUUUUUCCACGCUCUUGUCCUGCGAUUCCGCCGUCAGCCGGGAACCGGCACUGCCCCAGACUGGCCGAGCACCGAAAGGAUAGUGAGCGGUGCGGCGUCUGGGUUGCCGGUCGCAAGCCCAUCGACUGACUACGCUAGAUCCCGAAGAUAGUCUUGUGUCACGAUUUAUGGCACGCAGCAAUGGGCAUGUGAAGUGGGUCUAAAGUGACUUCGCCCAACCCAUCUAGAACGAAAGAAAGAGAGCAGGCUGGCAACCGAAUGAAUGCAAGAUCCAUGUGACAUAGCACGUGAGGUAGCACGUGAUCGAGUGCUUGACGAGUACUGAC